CUCUUUCCAUCUUUCCAACAAGACCCAGAAUACUCUUACCGGUUCUAUAUAUAGUCUACGGGUCUUAACUCAGCUCUCACCAGAAAUCAUCCUACAACGUCCAUUCACACAUUGCAGAUCAUCUCAGUUUUCCCGAAUUCCCUGAUCAGUGAUCCCAAUGUCACUCAUUCCCAGCAUGUUCGGAAGCCGCCGAACUGACGUCUACGACCCAUUCUCACUAGACAUUUGGGACCCUUUUGAUGGCUUCUUCACCUCCUCACUCACCAAUGUGCCCGCCUCGGCUCGCGAAACUUCGGCAUUCGCCAAUGCGCGAAUUGAUUGGAAAGAAACUCCAGAGGCCCAUGUAUUCAAAGCAGACGUGCCGGGGCUGAAGAGGGAGGAAGUGAAAGUUGAGGUGGAAGAGGGGAGAAUCCUUCAGAUCAGUGGGGAGAGAAGCAAGGAGAAGGAGGAAAAGAAUGAUAAGUGGCACCGGGUUGAGAGGAGCAGUGGAAAGUUCCUGAGGCGGUUCCGCCUCCCAGAGAAUGCAAAGAUGGACCAGAUCAAGGCAAGUAUGGAGAAUGGGGUGCUCACUGUUACUGUGCCUAAGGAAGAGGAGAAGAAGCCGGAGGUGAAGUCCGUUGAUAUCUCUGGUUAAUCUCGGAGUCUGUUCUCUUGACGAAAUGCAAUACGCAAUUCCCAGAAUACAACUCUAUGAGUUGUGAAUAAAUGGUUUGCUUCUGUUUUGUGUUGUGUGCUUUUGCGUUCCAGUAUAUCCAAAAAUAUGUAAUCAGCUCACUUUUUCAGUAAAAAUAAUUCAAGCUGAAUCGUUUGAGUUCUUAGAAA